CUGCUGGAGCCGCACUGCUCCACCGGCCCGUGCAGAGAUGGCGAGGAAACCCCGUGGACACGGGACUGCUUUUUCAUGACGGUGAGUUUCCCCUUUGAGUGUAUUAUAAUUUUGUGAUAAAAAUUUCAAGGAAAAAACACACACAACCUCCUUCCUCCCCUUCCUUCGGGGAGGGAAGAGCAAGCGUGGAGAGAGAAAAGUCUAUCUGAGACUGAGCAGCAAGGACAGUGAGGGAAAAAUAUAUGAGUGGGAGAGGGAGAAAGAAGAAGGAGGAGGGGGAGCAAAUUAAAAGUUGCCAAAUGGAGAUAUUGGGUUUCAAGAGGAGUGAGACAGGAGUGUCAUGGAUGAUGAAGACGAUCAACGUCUUCUGGAUUUUAUAGGAGAUGUGCAAGCAUUAAAUGAGUAUCUUCAUGGUUCCAACAGUAAAUCUAUCGGGGAGGAUGAUGUGACAAAUGCGGCAUAUGGGUCUGCCAGCUCGUUCUUUACUGGUGACACUGGCAGCUCCAAUGAUGGACUCAAAGAUGACCACAAUCAUUUGGGGGAGUUUGGGGAGGCUGGCGCAGCUGAGCUUCAGCUCUCAGGCAAUCUUUCAUUCAUCGACGAUGAGCUCGACGAUGGACCUUCACCUGGUGACGUUGAUCUUGGGGGUGAAGACCAACCCUUUGACAUCCUCCAGAAGUCAUUGCUGGAAGCAGAUAUCACAGAGCAGACACUGGCUCAAGAAGCCCUUUUGGACUCCCAACCAUCUCUCAUUCCCACAGCUACCACCUUCCCUCAGCAGCUGGUCUCUGGAGGGUUCGGAGGUUCUGGCGGGGCGGCACCUUCACCCAAUGCUGGGGUGCAGCCACCGUCUUUUAUCCAGCAGGUUCCCCAGCUACCCUUGCCAAAUGGCCCUACGGGACAUAUCCAGGUUGUGGGGUCUUUUAACGGCAGUGCGUCCUCUAUGAUGACUAUCAACAGUUUGGAACAGCCUCAGAUCCUUUUGAGACCAAGUGGAAAUGUGAUGGGAAACAAUAGUGGGCAGGGUGGCAUGUUCGCACCUUCCGCACCAAAUCAAAUGUCAAUGUCUUUCAAUAAAGGUACAAUUCCAGUUCAGAAUAUUAUCAUUCAACGAGGCCCUGCACAACAGACCUUGGUUCGACCCAUUCAGCCGAAGCCCCUACAGACAGGGUCACAAACUGUAUACAAUAUCAGCAACAUCGGGCUUCAGCCCAGCACCACAGCUACUGCAAAUCUAGUCAGUACCCAGUACACGACCAGCGGAUCUUCCCAGACUGCUCAACAAGUUAAAAUGGUAAAUCAAACCAGCAGCAUUGUAAUGCAUUCACCGCUGGGGCAACAGGCACUAACCCAAUCCAAUCUGUCCCAGGGGCAGUUUUUGGUACCGAGUUCUAUAUCCCUCACCACUGGUACCACUGUUCAUGGAUUCCAGGCUGUGAAUGGGCAGGUGAUACAAACAAACAGUCAAGGGGGUGAACCAAUGUGCACUACCACAUACUCAAUCCUGACCAAUCAGAACUCAGCAGUGCAGCUUAUUCCUGGCCAGAACUUUUCAGCUGGUGGACAGUUGAUUGUAAAUCAAGGUUUAGGUGGUGCAAGUCAGAUAGGCCAUGCUUCUCCGACCCCUGUUGUGCAGGUGUCGCAGAGACCUGGUGCCACCGCUAAGGUUUGGACCGCCAGUGUGUCACCGUGCCCCAACCCUGUACCAACAUCACAGAGUUCAAGUCACCUUACAGUGGUCAAUUCUGUCCAAGGACCACAAGUUUGUCAGCAAUUAUCGGUUAACCCAGGACAGCAUCUCCUCAUGCCUGUAGCUCAGAGCAGCCCAGUUUCUUCUGGAUUUCAGGAGUUUCAGCAAGUCACUCUAAACCAGGACACGGCAGGAGCUCAGACAGGACAGACACAAUUACUUAAUCUCCUUGGUACCAAAGCUGUGAAAACACUAACUCCUGGCAGUCAGGAAUCCCCUCUCACCCCGAAGCGACCUGCAACUCAGCAGCUUACUCGAGGAGGAAUGGUCCUCCAGCAGCUCAGAAGAGAUCACAGUGGAGUCAUGUCUCCAGAGCACCCACCCUUCUCUUCGGUCACUGAUGUCAUUGAUAAAUUACUGCCCUAUCACGUUUUCCAAGGCUCACCACCACGAGAUGAAGAAUUUACCAAAGUCGACGAGGAGUUUGAGGCAGUUGCCACUCGAGUAUUGGAACGGACACAGGUUAUGGUAAACAAAUACAGGCGUCUGCUUAUGGUGGAGGCGGAGAGAUCUAGCCCCUCAUCAGAAAUGGUGAUGAUUGACAGGACGUUUAACCAAGAGGAGCGGAGCAACCUGACCCAAGACAAGCGAAUGGUAUUGGUGGAUCCAGAUGGCUUCUUUGAAGACUUCUGCUGUGGCUCUAAGAAGAGGAUACCAAGUCCUGAAGUCAGCCAUGAGGAAAACCCAAGUGGAAUGGGGACAUCAACGAGGCUUCCAAUGAGUCACACAGGAAGAGACGGGCAGAGAGAGAACAGCCACAGAGAACCUGCUUAUAGGACAGACUCCCAACCAGAAAAAGAAACACAGGAACACAGAAGAAGCCCUAUCAAGUGCAUCCUGAACAUAAAAAAAAUCAAAUCCAACCUCAUCAGCAGCAGUCAACAUGCCCAUUAUCCUGCAUCUCCCAGCCAAUCACAGCACAGCCCUGCCCAAAGCAACCCGUCAGGCAGGGGGCGGAGUCAAGAACAGCAGCUUUCCUCGGAUCACAGUGAAACCUUGUUGGCUGAUACGGACUCUGUGCUGGAAGCUGCCGUGAAUAGCAUUCUAGAAUGUUAGACCGUGCCAUAUUUACUUUAGACAGUUUCAUGUUAGCCGCGAGCCAUUUCAUGCCAUACAUUUUUUUAGUUGGCAUUAUAGAAGUAUAAGAAUGCACACAGCGAGUUGUGGAAGUGUCGAGGACUUAUGAUGGUGAAAAUACUGUGCCUGUUGUUCUAGAGCAGUUUACACGAGAAAGCCUUUGACAUUGCAUCACAGGAUGCACUUGCAAUCAAACGCGCACACACAUCAAUAUAUUACACAUACACAAUCAUGCAGUACGUUUAGUGUGAUGUUUGGAAUGUCAUAGGUAGACAUUGGUAUCUGUAGCGUAUCAUUCAGUUUCAAAUACACUUAGUCUCAUAGUCUGUUCGCACUUAAGGUCAUAAGGUCGUCUCUCAGUAUGUGAUUUUGACCAAGCGAGGCACACAAACGCACCGUUUCGUUGUUUUCGAGCAUUAGCUGUGCUCGGUUUUUUUACUUUCGUUUUAGUUUUGUACCUUACAGGUAUGUGAUCUCCACAGAGACGAAACCCGUGUGGUUUUGUGCAGGGGAAGUUAAGUCCUCAGAUUGAGGGUACAAUGUUACAUUGUUUUAUCUUUUUUGCUUGUAUUCAUUUUUAAUGAGGCAUUGUAAGUUUUUUGUCAAAUCUGUGCUGCUCCCUGAAUAAUAUGUGCUGUUGCGCACCUGUUAGUUUCUCAAAAAGUAACAAAAAUGUCCAGGUAACAUUUCAGUGUAAGUCGAAAGAGAUGGAUGUUGUUAAAACACGAAAAUGAAGGAUCAUUAUGACAUUAUUGUCAUGACACUGCCCUAGACAGUGAUUUCAUGCAGUACACAAAUUUUUUAUUGAAUUUUAAUUAGCAUCAAUUAAAGAUAGUACAAUUCAAACAAAUUGUAUAAUACAUUUGCAAAUAUUGCAUGGUUUGCAUUAUUGCAAUAAUUUUAAUAUUUUAUUUCUUGCGUAAUUGUCAUGAAAUAAUGUCACAAUGCGAUUGAUUCAGUUAGUUUUUAUGUUUAAUCUUUUCUUUUGGAUGAAAUUUAACUGCAGCUGUUUCUAGACAGGCUUAGGGAAAUUUUCCUACAAUAACUUGAUUUUCCCUUGAGCAGUGUGUCCCCUGCUGGUCAGGCUCCAGUCUUGUCCUGGGGGUCAGUUUGCAGUUUCUGCCCCUAGUGGCAGUUUAUUUUUGCACAUAUGGAAAUGACUUUGUAAUUUCACAAAACCCCAUCCUAAUAGCUCUUAGAUUGCGCCUGUAUAUCUCUUCUAGUCAAAUGUUUUUAAACCGGUGUAGACCGAAUUGGUGCCUUCACCGCACAUCAACAUUUAAGGGUACUUGGUUGUAUUAGAAGAUCACAGCUUUGUGAAGUGUAGUUGAAGGAUGUCAAGACUGCGUGAUGGUUUGCUACACAACUGCACCAGUUUAUUUUUUAAAGUACUAAAUCAUCAUGGAAGAGAAUUGGCAUUCAGUCUUGAUUUAUAUAAGAAUGUGUUUUCCACAUAUGCCAUUACAGAGUCUGACAGCUGUAGCAAUGGCAGUGUGACCACAAAGAUGAUGACAAAGACUGACCAGACUAGAGCAGAGAAAGUAUGCAGACUUUUCCAUUAACAUCCAUUUAAUAGUUUAAAGGAAGGUUGCAUCGCAUUGUUUUUGCAUCAUGAACACUAAACUCCACUGUCUUUCCCAGCAAUUCAACCAAAAAUGACGAAUAGAAAAUAAGUUGUAACACUUUACAAUAAGAUUCAGUAUGUUCAUGUUAGUUAAUGGAAUAGCAUGACAUAACAAACAAGACUUUUACAGCAUUUGUUAAUCUUGGCUUAUACUACCUUGUAAUGUAUUAACAUUAUGAAAAUUAAUAAACAAUGGUCGGUGGUAUAUUUAUAACGUAAAAUCAUCCUAGAUUAAAAAUGCUGUAAAAUCAUUUUUAUUGUUCAUGAUACCUAAUGCAUUAAAUAAUGUUAAGGACUUGAAUCUUAUUGUUGGUGUUUCGCAAGUAAAAUAUCCUCCCUGAUCUGAGCUCCAUCAGCCAGUGUAAGGGAGACUCCUCUGAAGACCUUCUUUUGGAAGAGCUUCUUUGCCUUAGGACAGAGCGAGUGAAACAAGUAGUAUCAUUUGUUUUUACUGUGUUUUAUUGUGCGAGUGUGGCCUUGAAUUAUCGUAACACCACGUGGUAAUCAUAGCUUUGAACAUUUUCUUUCUGCAUCACUCAAAACUUGAUUUAUAAUGUUUGUAUUACAAAAUAAAAACACGAAACAUAAAAUAUUUAUACUUUUUGUAAAGAAAAAUGUUAAAAAAGUUAUUUUUAUUAUGUUAGGUAUGUGCUCAUAUCAUACUGUAUGUGGUCAGUUCUUUAUUAGUGUUUUUGUGAGUGUUCAUUACAGCAGCAAAGAUAAAAAAAUCAAUAUUAAAUACAUUUUGACUACAGCCAA